UUUUUAAUAUGUGGGUACAAUAUUUAAUUUGCUUGAAACGGAACGUACAUUCCUUCCAUGAUGGCAGCUACAAACGUCAAAUAAUUGUUUUGAUUUUUUUACGUAAAUAAUUUAUCAAAAAAAACAUCAAAUGACCUUCUCGCUUCGAACAGUAGUGAACUAAACAAUAGUUUUCGUGUUUCAGAAAAAUGGUUUUGUGAUAGGGAAGUGCAUGGCGUAGGCAUUGUUAUGCUACAUGAAAGCCCGAGAGAACAGAUGCAAUACUAAUAUGCCUUGCGAGAGUUGUGCUGUACAAUUUAGUGUAUUCAGGCGGAAACGGGCGUGUUGUGAAUGUGAACGGUACUUCUGCAGCGGCUGCCUGCGGCGCGGCGGCGGCGUGAUGUGCGCGGCCUGCAGGCUGCUGUCCACGCGGCCGCUGUCGCGCCAGGCCAUCGCGCACCUCAAGGUCCGCGACCUGCAGUGCUUCCUGCAGCGGCAGAACGUCUCCACCAGGGGAUGCGUUGAGAAAGAGGAGCUGGUGAGCCUCUGCGUGGGCCACGUGAACAGCGCGGCGUACCGGCGGCGCGGCGCGCGCGCGCCCGGGCCCUUCAGCACGCUCAAGGACUUCACCAAGCUCAUCAACAACGCCUUCGACUUGCGCGCGCCCGCGCAGCCCGCGCCACCGCCACCUAAUAGCAAUUGUUACAAUGCUGCGCACACGCACGAGCCGGCGCCCGCGCCCUCUCCUGCGAGGGAGAGAUUCACUACUACUCCAGGCGGCGAGCGCGACAUCGAGGUGCCGGUGCCGCCGGGCGUGUCGCGCAGCACGUCGGGCUCGUCGGGCGCGCGCCGCGACACGGCCGACUGCUUCGAGAUCGAGGACCUGGACGACGCCGGCUGGGAGUUCGUCACGCGCCCCGCGGACCCGCUGCCCAACGAUUCAGAGGUGCUAAUCACAGAGAACGAAAUGCACACGCCUGCGCACGAGCCGGACCGGACGACGACUGAGCGCGUCGAGGUCCACGCCCCCGGCGCCUCGGCGCAGAGACCGCGCGAGGGGGCGGGGCUUGGCGCGGGGGCGGGGCCUGGCGCGGGGGCGGGGCGGCUGCAGCCGGAGCGCGCGGGCGCCACGCCGCAGCGCGCCGCGUCCGAGCUGGAGCUGCGCCGCGACCCGCCGCCCGACUCCGACACCACCAGCCUGCAGGACGAGCCCAUGAUGGACCGCCCACCGGAGCCGGCGACGCCGCGGCGCGUGUCGCUGGGCGCGCUGCGGUCGGCGGCGGAGCUGGAGGCGCUGAGCGUGCGCCAGCUGAAGGAGCUGCUGGCGCGCAACCGCGUGGCCUACACCGGCUGCCUCGAGCGCGCCGACCUACUGCAGCGCGCGCAGCUGCUGUGGCGCGACCACGCCGCCUACAAGGACGAGAUCGACAACCUGCCGCUGGAGGAGUGCUGCAAGAUCUGCAUGUCGGCGCCGCUGGAGUGCGUGCUGCUGGAGUGCGGGCACAUCGCGGCCUGCACGCCGUGCGCCGCGCGCCUGGCCGAGUGCCCCAUCUGCCGCCAGUACGUCGUGCGCGCCGUGCGCUUCUUCCGCUCCUGAGCCGCACAGUCGCCAGCUCUCAAGAUUCCCGCUGCACGUCGUAAUGAGCCUGCGCCGAGCAGCCGACUGCCUGCCCGCCUGGCACCAUACAUCAUCCAUCAGGACGGUGAUUUGCCAGGUUCUUCGAAUCCUAAAAAAAUGUAUGGGAUAAAGGGAAAGGUCACGAAAGGACGCGGUCAGGGAUGGUAGUUUUCGUCGACAGUUCUCGAGUUUACCGCUGAAAUAUAACAGCAAGCCGGUUGCCUCAACUGCCACUGAUACUCUUGAGGUCUUGAGAGCUGGACGAAUUCACUACAACAAUUUAUGGAGCUUAGUAAACUAAAGAAAAAUGUGUAAUAACCCAUCCCUUCAUGAUUUUUACGUGUAUUUGCACAGUUGCAGGCCAGUUCCACGGUCGACCUUUUUCGACAUACACAUAGAGAAUUCUAUAGAAUUCAUUUAUUUAUUUAAUAUACUUUGAACUCUGAUUCCACUCAGAUUGAGAUGAAAUCUCAUGUGACCUAAAAUAAUUUAAUCUUAUUGGAGUUCCCACUUAAUUUAUUGUCCGUAACGCAUCUGUGCAAAUAAGAAAAACAUGACGGAAAUAUUAAUUUGUAUUGUUUAUCGUUAAUCAAAGAUUCACGUAACACUGGCUAUGAAUAUGAUGAGGGCUACCGUAUUUGCGUUCACCGGUUGGCCACCAGCGACUAUAAUCCUGUCACUCACCAGUGGCGCCAACCAGUAAACUCAAACACGGUAGUCCUCAUUGAAAAUGAGUUCUUUGUCUUCGGUUCCUACAAUAGCUUGUCCGUAGUUUAUUGGAGUUUGUGCCGAACUGCCACAAAUACCUCUUAGUAUUGAAUGUUUUUAAGUAGUAAAUCAGUUUCCCAAAUAGUUUUAGCAGAACCACCUACAUGUUAGCUAGUAUACAUGUAUCAGCCGUCCACCGCUUUAGUUGAGCGCGAGCGUUGUAUCGUUACUUCCAGCCAACACAUCGGCAGUCCCCUGCGACUCGUGUGGCGGCCUGUUCUCCUUACUUAAGACUUAUAACGCUUACCCUCGGACAAUACUGUAUAGGUCGACCCAAUUUAGAUAGAUUCUAUGCCAAAAGUACAGAACUGAGUUUGUAAAUAUCAUAUUUUUAAAUUUUUAUAAUUCCCGAUGUUAUUUAUUGAAAAACGUUGCGGUGAAACACACCAUGUACGCAAAAAUUCCCCCGAGUCGCUACAAUAAUGUUUUCUAUUUAUUAACUGAUUUAUCGUCUAAAAUUCUGAAUAUUAAAAAGUGCUUAAUUACUUAACUAUUAAGCGACUCGUAAUUUAUACUUAGUAUGCUGAGAUUCCGGACAACAAUGCGAAUGCCAUUGUGUCUUGUCGAUCAAUGCUCAGCAGGCAUACGAGGCGUUAAAGCUACACAAAUGCGUCUUGCCGACUACAACGCACUAAAUUUUUGCUUCUGAAGUGUAAAAAAAUUUGCUCUCCUUCACUUUCGUAUACAAGUGCGAGUGAGAGUAAACAAACAUCAAAAAAUUGUCGAUCGGGGUGUUGCUCUUCUCCGAUUCAAUACUUACAACGCGCAGUUCCUUCAUAGUAGGCUUUCUAGUUUUGGACAUGUGCAACAUGUUACAAUAAAAAUCCCAUUAUUCGGGAAUUUUCGCAAUAUUCCCGAAAUAUGCAUGUUACUCAUAUUAGGUCUGAACUGUAAUAGUACAUAACACAAUCGGAAUCGUUCCUGCGUGUUCGAAAGGGGACGCGCGUAUCCUUAUUCGCGUAAAGGUCAUUUAGCGACAAAUACAAAAAAUGCGUAACCAUAAUUAUUAUUAGUGAUGUAAAAAAACCUUGAGCUUAAAAUUAUUUUCCUUAACGUCUAUGUAUUAUUGCACUCAAAACGCUUUAUUAUAUUAAUUUAUAAGUCGCAAAAUCUCUACAUAAUUAUUUUUACAUAUCAUAUUUUAUCAUUAGUAAUGCAUAUUUUGGAAUUCUCUUUUUAUUAAUUCAAAAUUGUUUAUCAUUGUAUGUUUACGACUGUGAAAGAAUUAAAAGCUUAAGAUAAAGCAAAAAAAAAAAGUAAGUGAUAGAAUUAUGAAGACUUGUGUCCAACUUUUUAUUGGCACUUCAGUGAGGGAGGCGACUAGCAAAGCUUUGAAUCUUUCACUAAAGCGCCAGUAAUCUGCCGGCCACCGACGUCUCGGUUAGUCUCAAACCUUACUCGUAGAUUGCUAGCAACAACACGGGCUGUGUAAUACUUUAUUUUUGUAUCACUUAGGUGUCUCAUGUAAUUUAAGAUUUAU